AUUUUGAUUAUCAAUUAAAUUCAAUGUAAUAAUUGCGUCAAUAGUUUAAUAGACAUUAAAAAACUGGUUUUUUUUUGUGAUUGAUUUGUAAACAAACAAACGGUUUGUUAAUUUUAAAGACAUAUUUGUUUUUAACCACCGAUUGAAUUGUUUUUCGUUUCGGUUGAUCGGCGCUGAAGAUGUCCUCAUCUAAAGGCAAACGUAAAAGCGGAUCAAUUAAUGGCAGCGGCGGCGGUGGUGGCAGUAGUAGUAGUAGUGGAUCAGCUAAUGGUGACCAUCAUCAUCAUCAAAAUCAUCGGCGAAAAAUGGUCGACAAAGAGUGUCUGUUUUGUUUCAAAUCCAAUCGCAAUUCACUGCGUUUCGGCAAAAUGAUCAAAUUGGACGACAUCUAUGUCCACUAUUAUUGUUUGCUAUUGGCGUCGGGUUUAUCGCAAAAUGGCAAAGACAGCGAAGGUAUAUACGGUUUUCUGGUCAAAGACAUACACAAAGAGCAGCGUAGAGGCGACAAACUUUCGUGCAAUUAUUGUCGCAAAAAGGGCGCAACAAUCGGCUGUUCAGUUGCCAGUUGCAAAGUGUCGUUUCACUUGCCGUGCGGUAUUGAAAACAAAACGAUGAGCCAGUUCUUCGAUAACUUCCAUUCAUAUUGUCUGAAACAUCGACCAAAACAGGAGCUUCCAAAGGACGAGAAGACAAAAUCCGUAAUCAAAGCGCAAGAUUUGUGUCCGAUUUGUUAUUCGGAUCUGACUUUCGAUGAGGGCGUCGACGUAUUGGCCACACCGUGCUGUCUGAAACUGGUUCAUCGAUCAUGCAUUCAAAAGCAGGCGCUAAGUGCCGGCUAUUUUUUCAAGUGUCCGCUGUGUAACUGUAUUCAAGAAUUCAAGGACACAAUGAUCUAUUUCGGUAUAUUUAUACCCCGUCAGGACGCCUCCUGGGAACGCGAUAACAAUGCAUUCGGCGAACUGUAUCAACGGCACGCAACGUGCGACCAGAGCCCGUGCCAGUGUCCCAGCGGACGCAAAUACAAUUCGGGUCCCAAUUGGCAUCUGUUAAUUUGCGAUACGUGCGGCUCACGGGGCGCCCACUGGUCGUGUAUUGAUGAAUACACGAAUACUAGUACUGGUAUCUGGAAUUGCGAUGAUUGUCGUCUAAUCAAUCAGCGUAUUGAACAGCGAGCCGACGGCGGCGGCUGUCCGACUGGCGCCUCCACUACCGCUGCCGCCGCCUCCUCCACUACCGGAUCCAAUGAUGAUGAAAGCGAUAUCGAAGUUAUAUCGUCGACGACGACCGCCGAUGAUGGCAAUGAAGGCCGACGUCGACUGCGGCGAAAACAGCCGAAACAUUUUCUACGCAAAACAAGUGUCGAAUUAGUGACGACUACUACUACUACUAGUACUGGGGGUAAUAGUAGUCGUAAUCAGUCGUCGAUCGAAAUUACUGUCGACUUAUCAGCAGCUGAUGAAACACCGUUGCCAUCGAAAAGACAGCGAAGAGGUGGCGAACCCAAGACAGACAAGACGUCUACAACAACAACAACAACGAUGAAGACGACGACGACUACAAGUCCUAAUCAACAAAAUACUACUGAAACAAAAGAUAUAUCAAUUCAAUGUGAUUUAGUAUCGAUCGAUGAUCUCAUCGAUUGCGACCCGAUUGAUGAACUGGAAGAAUAUGUUAUCAAACGGUCGAUGAUAUGCUUGAAAACAAUGACUGACGACAAACUUAAUGAUAAAGAAGAAGAAGAAGACGACGACAACGACAUUGUGGUCGACAUUGACGAGUCAUCCGACGAAGACGACUGUAUUCUUCUUAAUUGAUUUUGUUUUGAUUUCCUUUUUUUUUUGAUUCAUUUAACAAAUUUUUUUUUUAUAAUCAUUUCAUAUAUUUAUA